CAUUUUCACACUAAACAAGAACCCUUACAAUCUCGGGGAAUUCCUCCCCAGCCAGGGAAAUUUCUCCCCGCCGGGAAAUCCUUCCCGACAACCCUGUCUGCUAUGGCCUCCUGCCUGAACAUCACCAUGCAUCUCCCCGUGUUACUGUGUGUCCUCGGGCUCCUAGGGGGCCCGGGGGGCGUAGCCUCCCAGGAAGAACGUCGUCUCGACCUCCCGACGUGCCUCGACUCCUUCGACAUCCACCAGGACAAGAUCAUCCGGACCCAGGACUCCCGGGCGAUGGGGGCGAAGUACAUCAACGAGAGGGACGUCCCUACCAGGGAGGACUGUUUGAGGCUGUGCUGCGAGACCCAGGACUGUGACGUGUUCGUGUUUGAAGAGAAGACGCCAGGGAGUUGCUACCUGUUCCAGUGCGGGACCCCGGAAGACUUCAAAUGCAAGUUUACUAAACAUCACAACUACACUUCUGCCGUCCUCGUCAUGAACCGCCAUCUUACUGAACUGGAGAGUCAAAUCAAGCAUACCCAACACGAGCACGAACUGGCUAAAUUGAGAAAGCCCGAGUUGGAACCGGUAAGCUCAACAUUGUCAGAAAUACCAACCACAACUGCGCCUGGCAACAAGGAAGUGGCUGCAGUUGUGCCAACUGUGGCAGAGUUUGCACAGAGAAGCCGCUGCAGCAGGUACCAGUUUGAAUGCCACGGAUCGGGAGAGUGCAUCGCUAUCUACAACGCUUGCGAUGGCAUACCUCAAUGUGCGGACGGUAGUGAUGAAGCACCUGAGCUUGGCUGCCCUGCACAGGCACAGCCUUCAACAGCAGCCCCUGUAGUCAAGCCAGAAAUAGCAGCAGCUAGCAGCAAUGUCCAGCAGACAGCUGUAGCUCCUAGCAGCAACCAGCAGAUCUACAGACCAAGCAUCCAGACAGCAGCACAGAACAUGCCAGUGCUCUCCAAGCAGUUCAAAUCAAACCAGUGGACUCCUCAAAUGUUUGAGAACCAACACAUGGGAAGUGCUGCAGCUGGGGGAAGAUACGCAGGUCUGCAGCUAGAACAACAACCACAACCGCAGACUCAACUGCAGCAACAACCUGCGGAAUAUCCGCAGCCACCUCCCGAACUGGUCAAUCAAGCCAAACAGUACGGCCGGGAGGGAGAGGGAGGUAUCUACCAUCCUCCAAAUGACGUAGCCGUUCAGUGGCCUCCGACCAACUACCAACAGGAACAACAAAUGUUGGCUUACAGGACCGCAAACAGUGGUGGAGGCAGCCAGAUCUUCUCACACAAAGGAGGGUUAAUGUCUCAGCCAGAAAGGUACAAACCUCCCCAUCACAAGGUGGGGGUGGAGGGGGGAGGCAUGAACCCCCAGUAUGAGCAGAUUCAACCCGAAUUUGCCAGAUACAACGGAUAUUAUGAGACCCCAUACCACAAGCAACAACAGGGCCCCAACAACUGGCAUAAACCUCAUGGAGCUAGUUUGGAGGAAGCAGCCAAUGUUCCCGCGGCUCCUAACAAUCUGGACUACUACUACGAAGAGAACUUUCGGACCAGACUACAACCUCAAAUGAUCACUCAGAGACUCAACGCUCCAGCAAACGUGCCUGAACCAGUCAAGUUGCAGUUCAAGCCGGUAGCACAAAAAGGCGAAGCUGAGAUAGAAAACCAAGGAGCUCUGCUAGAAACUGAAACAGACAACAAGUCACCCAACUCUAACACUUCGGUGAAGAAAGCUGCGGCUCAUCACCCUUCGAACAACACGACCACGGAAAAACCUAAAGAAAGCCAUCAUCAUCCGGAACGCCACCACAAUGCUCACCGUAAAGUUGAGACUCUUAGUGCGGAACUGUCGUUGUCUGAGAACUCGUUUGAGUCUGAACUUGACGGAACUAACGUGAAUCCUCGAGGUGCUAUCCUCUCUUUGACCAUGGGUUUGUGCGUGACGGGCAUCAUGUUGGUACUCGUCGGUUGUCGCAUGCGAAUGGUCCGACGCAGAAUGAGGCGAGGUUCCAAGUCUCCUUACGCUCAUGACGCAGACUUCCUCGUUAACGGAAUGUACUUGUAAACUACCGUGUUCAUAUUUUCUACUGUACAGAUAUUUGUAAGAAUGUUCUGUUAGUCUACCGCUUGUGCUUGUGGAGUCAUUCCAGCUGAGACAUGCAAAGAACGUUUCUUGUCUUCCAACUGUCCUUGAGAAAUUAACGUGUGGAAUAAUUUCUCUAGUCGAGGGGAGUUUAUGCACCUUUUUGAAAGAGAAAAAUCAAUGGGUGAAGUAACUUUUUUAAACUGUAAGUUACUGAACAUUUUGAAAUAGUAAUUACUAAUUACCGAUGAAUUGUUAAAAAUCAUUCUAAACUAGUUUUGUUUAAAAACUGUCAAACUAAAAUUUAUUCAUUUUAGUGCUAAAUGCUAAGUUGGGAUAUUUAACCAAAGAUACAAGUGUCAUCAAGAAAACUUGAAGUUGUUAAGAGUCAGUUAUAAUAAAUAAAAUCAAUAUCCACCACCAUCAUCAUAAUAAUAAGAAAGAUACCGCUACAUCAAUUACUCAUUAUUAAUGUGACAAAAUAUAUCUAAGAUAUUUUAUUUUCAAGUGUAUUUUGAGAGAAAUAAACAUUUUUAUGCUCAAAAAAGUUGCAAGGCAUGUAACUUAAGAAAACAAAUAAAAUAAGUACCAGCAGUAUAUCUCGUUACUCAUAUUAUCUAAGCACUUCAAUCCAUGAAGUCGCGAUUUAGAAUCAUGACAAAUUACCGACUUUUCCAAGUGGUGAUGCCUCAACCCCUAGGUUUAACUUUGUUAAAAGCAAUCCCGGGUUAGAGUCUAGUCUCGUAGGAUAAAAAAAUGACUCAUUUCUAAUUUCUGUACAUCUAAAAUUUUCUCGGCUAAAUCAUAAUAAAAAAUUUGAUCCCCAUUAACAUAUCAUUCUCAGCUCGAAGGAUUCAUAAAUAUAUGCCUACUGCUACCCUAAAAUGAGCAGACAUUUGUACAUACUCAAUUUCACACUGGUAAAUAAAAAUGUUGACUGUCAUAAGGCUGGAACAUUUAUACCAGGUAAGUGUCCUAGUCAUAGGCAGCUAUCUUGUAACUGUAUGUAUGUUUGUAUUAAACUUACUGUAUAAAUUAUAAAUUCAUAUUUAAGUGUACGAAGUGUAUAGGUUUUUCACUAGUUUAAUAUCGCUAGCUAAGUAAUUAAUUUUGUUAUGCCAUUUUGGUGUUUGUUAAUUUUCAAGAAAGCUGGUCAAGUUUAUUGAAGUUAGUCUGUGAAGUGAUUUUGCAAUUGUAAUUGGGUAACUGAUGUAUUUUGAUUUAGGUAAUGUGACUGCAAAAUUUUAAAUGCUUAGAAAUAAAUUAGAUCAAGUUUUAAACCAAUAGUAAACAUAGCUUCUUGCAGAUUUUGGGGAAAAUGUAUCACAUUGUUAUAAUCAACAAUAGUAGGUAUUUCACAUUUAAACAGUAAAAUAUUAUUAACAUUUCAAUUAUACACUGUUAAAAAAGUUUUAAAAAGAAUUUCCCUUGAGAUUAAAACUUAGAUAAAACCAGUCCCAAGUUACUAAGUGCCUAAAUAGACCCUAAUUACACUGAUUUGAUAGUUUUAAAAAGGAAAUAUUCCAUACAAAUAAAUUAGGUCAUGCAAAACUUAAUAAUACAGUUUUAAUACAUGAUAAUUCCUUUACUCUCGUUAAACUAUUUAAUUUUAGAAAGCUAGAUAUGUUACUGAUAUUUAUAUUGUUUUUUAUAGUCUAUUGCUCUACUUGUUUCAAUUUCUACCAACCAAUAAAACAAAUUACCAGUUAAAUUAUACAUAUUGCAGUUUUACAAUUUUAAUAAUGCGCUUUUUGUUUUGCAUCCCAUGGAUCUAAAAGAGCACUGAAUAGUCGUAGAGUUAGAUUUAACGUUAUGGUGUGAACAUACGUGUGACAUUGUAUGGUGAGGUAUGGCCAAUGGUUAUCAUGGAAAAGAAUUCUAUUUUAUAAAAGAUCAACUGUACCUUGCCUGUCUAUGAGAACAAUAAAUAUCUGUUAUUGAA